GACACCCAUUCUGAUCUCCUGCCAUAUGCCCCCUCCAGGUCCCUUCCCCCAGGCUCCAAGGAAGCACUUUCUGCAGAGAAGGGGGCCCCUGCACACUGGCAGGAAGAGGGUCUGCAGUUUGCUUCCUGUCAUCCCUGAGAUGGGGUGUCUCUGGUUCUCUCCCUGGGUCUGGCUUGGGUCUGAUUUUCAUGGUGGAGUAAUUCCCCUUUCUCUCCUCUCUACUGCACAGAGCCCUUCCUACACAGAUACACACCACACACACAUGCGCACACCCCCCAUGUCCGGCCCUCUCUCAUCCUGCCCCACCCACCACCUAUCAUGACCAACAGGGACCAGGGACUGGUGGGUUGUCCCAUCCACACCCCGCCCUCGGAGGGCUGGAGCCUCCCGCUGAGAGGCCCUGCCAGUCUGGCGCUAAGCGGGCUGCCUUCGCUGCUCAGCACUGUGGCCUCUGAUGCCCUGAGAUGCCCACACCCAAUCUCUCUGCCCCUCUGCCCGUUUUCUGGCUCAAUACCUCUGCCGGCGGUGUGCUGAGUGUGGACGAUACUGCGCUGCCUGUUGAAUUCCCAGCCCUGAGGGUUGUGCUUGCCCUGCCCUAUGGGCUUGUAGGGGCCUUUGGAUUUAUGGGCAACUUGGCCUUGCUGUGGGUGCUGGGUAACUGUCGGCGAGCCCCUUGCCCACCAUCUGACACUUUUGUCUUCAACCUGGCUCUGGCAGACCUGGGGCUGGCACUCACUCUCCCCUUCUGGGCGGCUGAGUCGGCACUGGGCUUCCACUGGCCCUUUGGAGGUGCCCUCUGCAAGAUGUUCCUCACGGCUACUGUCUUCAACAUCUACGCCAGCAUCUUCCUCAUCACGGCGCUGAGUGUUGCCCGAUACUGGGUGGUGGCCAUGGCUGCAGGACCAGGCACCCCUCUUCCCCUCUUCUGGGCCCGCACGGCCACCCUGGCAGUGUGGGUGGCAGCUGCCCUGUUGGCAGUGCCCACGGCAGUCUUUGGGGCAGAGGGGGAGGUGUGGGGCGUGCGUCUCUGCCUGCUGCGCUUCCCCAGCAGGUAUUGGCUGGGGGCCUACCAGCUGCAGAGGGUGGUGCUGGCCUUCAUGGUGCCCCUGGGUAUCAUCACCACCAGCUCUAGCAGGGUCGUAGCCCGCUCCGUCUGCAUCCUGGUGGCCUCCUUCUUCCUCUGCUGGUUCCCCAACCACAUGAUCACUCUCUGGAGUGUCCUUGUGAAUUUUGACCUGGUUCCCUGGGACAGCACUUUCUCUGCCGUCCAUACCCACGUCUCCCCUGUCACCAUCUGCUUGGCACACAGCAACAGCUGCCUCAACCCCGUGCUGUACUGUCUCCUGCGGCAGGAGUCCCGGCAGGCCCUGGCAGGCACCUUCAGGGAUCUCCGAGCGCGGCUGUGGCCCCAGAACCGGGGUGAAGCAGGGGGCCUUAGAGGAGGUAGGCAGGCGGUGAGUGGAGAGCACCCCCAGGAGAGUGGCCCUUCUACCAUGCUCACCAACGUGGACAAAGGAACACCUGGGUGAAGGUACAAACUACGCACCCUCUUUCUGGAGGGCGGGCCUGUCUGCCAGGCCGACAUGCCCUCGGGGAAAGUCUUAUCUUCAAUUAUUCUGGGUGUGGUGGCAUGCAGCGGCCCAGGCCCAGGUCAGGGCUGGUAGGACAAAGCUUAUGCCUCCAUUUGGAGGUGGGAAAGAAGAGGAUCUAAAAAUAAACAUCUGGACCAUCCAGAAGUGAUCUUGACUCUUUAUCCCAAUUCCACCUUCAGUUCAGUGUGGACAAAAGCAUUACUUGUCCCACUUCUGCCUUCUGUGAGAAUUCCCAGGGAAAUUUCCCUAAGGGUCCUAGACUCAUGGAUCAGGAGCCAGUGCCUAGCCUCUCCCCCUGCCUGUCCUUCCUGCUCUCCAUCUCAAACGGAUGCACCCUUGUUCUUCUCUGGUGCCAGGACCGAAAAUGCCCUCCUCCCCUGGGCAUCUCCAUCUUCUUACCCUCAGCGGUACCCACGGAAACUCGAUGUCUGCAAAAGCCUCAGCUGCAAAAGCUGUCGUUCCCAUGUGGGGAGAUGCCACCUGUGGAAUCUUGCUGGAUCCCUGGCACCAGCCACCCCCCGUGUAAAACUCUGGCGUUGGCUGGGAGUCCGUGUGGGUCUCUCCUUAAAGCAGGAUUUAGAGGGAGAAGUGAAGAUAACGACAAGUCAAGGAUGUGGGUGAGGCGCGGUGAGGCGAGCUGCAGAAUGGGGGUGGGAGAGGAGGCUGGAGGUGGGCUGGAGAAGUGGGAAGCAUGGUUCGGGGGUGCUAAUCUUCCUCCCUAUCCCAGAGGCUUCACUGAGUCAGAGCACCUGGAUUCACAUCCUAGCUCCCAGGGAGCUCGUUAAGUUCCUUUCUUUCUCUGUACCCGUUUUCUCAUCUGUAAGAUGGGUUGCUUCCUGAUUGUUGGCUAUUAUUCUUACACUCUGUGUAAAAUGGAGUCAGAGAAGGACAAGGAAACAGUGAGGAGGCAGCUGGGAGAUGGGGCUGGAGGGCCAUAGAGGUCUUAUCUGGAAUGAUUUAAAAAAAAAUACAUUCCUUUAUUGAUUUCAGAGAGGAAGGGAGGAGA